AUGCUUAUGAACUGCUGUUUAUUGUUGGUAGCAUUUCGUGGUUUGCGUAGCAUUGGCUCAGGAGACGUUCUUUUGCUAUCGGAGGCUCGUAUUAUACCUCCAUAUCCAAUGACAUGGAAAAACUUCAACAGUAAAACAUGGAAAUUGCAUAAGAAAACGGUCCGGCUUUCGUACGCUCGCAUGAUGAUUGCUGGCUCGUUCUUCAGUGGAGCACUUGACUACGACUCACAAGAAGUUCAAAAUAUUCUCAUUAUCGGCCUAGGUGGAGGCAUCAUCAAUAAUUUUUAUAGUACAAUUCAGGAUUUAAAUGUGAGUACCGCUUCCUUUUCACUCCACUGUUAUUGA